AUGGGGGGCGCGCCAGCCACGCAUGGCCUCGACCAGCCCACGAUGGAGUCGGAGCUGAGGGCGCUCGCGUGGGCGACGCUCCUCACCCCGGCGUUUGCGGUGUACGCGCGGUUCGCCUCUCGCCGCCUCCGCCCGGGCCUCCCUCGCCUGGCCGCGCUCUUCCCGACGUUCCCCGUCUUCGUGUACCUGCCGUGCAUGUUCAACUCCCUCCACCUCCGCCUCUUCUCCACGUUCUUCCACACCUGGCUCGCCAUCAACAAGCUCGUCCUCCUUGCCCUCGACCUCGGUCCGCUCCACCCCAGCCUCCCUCUCCUGCCGUUCGUCCUCUGCGCCGGCCUCCCCAUCAAGGUCCGUCUCGGCCAGAACCCCACCAAGCAUUCGACGUCAUCGCCGCCGCCGCCGCCCGUCGCCGACUUCUUCAGACCCUGCGCCCGCAGCGUCCUCCUCCUCAGCUGCCUCGCCGCGGUGUAUCCCUACACGGGGUGGCUCCCGCUCUACGCCCUUCACUUCCUCUACUGCAUCCAGAUCUUCCUCACGCUGGACCUCGUCCUCUCCUCCGCCGCGCUCGUCUCGGCGGCGCUGCUGGGCGCGAGCCUGGAACGGCAGUUCAGCGCGCCCCUCGCCGUCGCGUCGCUCAGCGACUUCUGGGGCCGGCAGUGGAACCUGAUGGCCGUAGACCUCCUCCGCGCCUCGGCGUACGAGCCGGUGCGCGCCCGGUGGGGCCGGGACGCCGGCGUGCUCGCGGCGUUCCUCAUGUCGGGCCUGCUCCACGAGCUCCUGUACUGGUACAUGACGCUGCAGUGGCCCAACGGCGAGAUGCUGCGCUUCUUCAUCCUCCACGGCGUGUUCCAGAUCGCCGAGAGAUGGGCCAGGGCGGCUGGGCUGUGGCGGCCGCCCAAGGCGGCGGCGUACCUCCUCGUCAGCGGCUUCAUGGUGGUCACCAUAUCGGAGAUGUUCUUCGGGCCGUUCGUGAGAGCGGGCACGGACGUGCGCCUGACGGAGGAAGCCUCGGCUAUGAUGGAGCUGGUUUGGAGCACCGUGAAGCAUCUGCUCCGUCCAUCUGGGAUGGUUUCAAGCUAG